AUGAAAUUAAGGAAAGGCUGUGCCUAUAAAUAUAUAAUUUUCACAGUGUUAAUUUUAGCGAAUAUUCUUUAUGAUAAUAAAAAAAGGUGCAUGAUUAAAAAAAAUUUACGUAUUAGUUCAUGCGGUAUAAUAAGUCGCUUGCUAAAAUCUAAUUCAAAUUAUAAUAGUUUUAAUAAAAAUUAUAAUUUCACGUCUGCUAUAUCAGAAUUACAAUUUUCCAAUUUUUGGAAUUUAGAUAUAUUACAAAAGGAUAUAUUUAGUAAUAUACAUAACAACAAAAACAAGCCUCAAUCAUAUAUAAUACAUAAAAGACUAAUGAGUGAAAAAGGAGAUAAUCAUAAUAACCAAAAUAAUAAUGGAAAUGACAAUAAGAAAAGGUUAGGAUCUGUUGUAAAUAAUGAAGAGAAUACUUGUUCUGAUAAAAGAAUGAAACCUUUUGAAGAAGGUCAUGGAUUUACACAAGUAGAUAAAAUGAACAACAAUAUUGAUAAUUUACAACAAAAUGGUGUUAUGAAUUUGAAUUCUAAUAAUGUUGAUAAUAAUAAUUCAGUUGUUGCUAAAAAGAAUGAACCAAAAAUACAUUAUAGAAAAGAUUAUAAACCAAGUGGAUUUGUAAUUAAUAAUGUAACAUUAAAUAUUAAUAUCCAUGAUAAUGAAACUACUGUAAGAUCUAUUCUUGAUAUGGAUAUUAGUAAACAUAAUGUUGGUGAAGAUUUAGUUUUUGAUGGUGUUGGAUUAAAAAUUAAUGAAAUAAGUAUUAAUAAUAAAAAAUUAGUUGAAGGAGAAGAAUAUACAUAUGAUAAUGAAUUCUUAACUAUUUUUUCAAAAUUUGUUCCAAAAUCCAAAUUUGCUUUUUCAUCAGAAGUUGUUAUACAUCCAGAAACAAAUUAUGCUCUUACUGGUUUAUAUAAAUCAAAAAAUAUUAUUGUUUCUCAAUGUGAAGCUACUGGAUUCCGUCGUAUUACCUUCUUUAUUGAUAGACCAGAUAUGAUGGCUAAAUAUGAUGUUACUGUAACUGCUGAUAAACAAAAAUAUCCCGUUUUGUUAAGUAAUGGUGAUAAAGUAAAUGAAUUCGAUAUACCAGGUGGUCGUCAUGGAGCUAGAUUUAAUGACCCUCAUUUAAAACCAUGCUAUUUAUUUGCAGUUGUAGCUGGUGAUCUAAAACAUUUAAGUGCUACUUACACUACUAAAUAUACUAAAAAGAAAAUUGAAUUAUAUGUAUUUAGUGAAGAAAAAUAUGUAUCUAAAUUACAAUGGGCUUUAGAAUGUCUUAAAAAAUCUAUGGCAUUUGAUGAAGAUUAUUUUGGAUUAGAAUAUGACUUGUCUCGUUUAAAUUUAGUUGCUGUUUCUGACUUUAAUGUUGGUGCUAUGGAAAAUAAAGGAUUAAAUAUAUUUAAUGCUAAUUCUUUAUUAGCAUCUAAAAAAAAUUCAAUUGACUUUUCAUAUGCAAGAAUUUUAACUGUUGUAGGACAUGAAUAUUUUCACAACUACACAGGAAAUAGAGUUACACUUAGAGAUUGGUUUCAAUUAACCUUAAAAGAAGGUUUAACUGUACAUAGAGAAAAUCUAUUUUCUGAAGAAAUGACUAAAACUGUAACUACUCGUUUGUCUCAUGUAGAUUUAUUAAGAAGUGUUCAAUUUUUAGAGGAUUCAUCACCAUUAUCACAUCCAAUAAGACCAGAAUCUUAUGUAAGUAUGGAAAAUUUCUAUACUACUACAGUCUAUGAUAAAGGUAGUGAAGUUAUGAGAAUGUAUCUUACUAUAUUAGGUGAAGAAUAUUAUAAAAAAGGUUUUGAUAUAUAUAUUAAGAAAAAUGAUGGAAAUACAGCAACCUGUGAAGAUUUUAAUGAUGCUAUGGAACAAGCAUAUAAAAUGAAAAAAGCAGAUAAUUCAGCAAACUUAAACCAAUAUUUAUUAUGGUUCUCACAAAGUGGUACUCCACAUGUCAGCUUUAAAUAUAAUUAUGAUUCUGAAAAGAAACAAUAUAGUAUACAUGUGAAUCAAUAUACUAAACCAGAUGAAAACCAAAAAGAAAAGAAACCUUUGUUCAUUCCUAUAAGUGUUGGCUUAAUUAAUCCACAAACUGGUAAAGAAAUGAUAUCACAAACUACCUUAGAAUUAACAAAAGAAAAUGAUACAUUUGUAUUUAAUAAUAUAAAUGUAAAACCUAUACCAUCCUUAUUUAGAGGUUUUAGUGCACCAGUAUAUAUUGAAGAUAACUUAACAGAUGAAGAACGUAUUUUAUUAUUGAAAUAUGAUACUGAUGCUUUUGUUCGUUAUAACUCAUGUACCAAUAUAUAUAUGAAACAAAUAUUAAUGAAUUAUAAUGAAUUCUUAAAAGCUAAAAAUGAAAAUUUACAAAACUUUAAUCUUACACCAGUAAAUACACAAUUUAUAGAUGCUAUAAAAUAUUUAUUAGAAGACCCACAUGCUGAUGCUGGAUUUAAAUCAUAUAUUGUAUCUUUACCACAAGAUAGAUAUAUAAUCAACUUUGUAAGUAAUUUAGAUACAGAUGUAUUAGCAGAUACUAAAGAAUAUAUAUAUAAACAGAUUGGAGAUAAAUUAAAUGAUGUAUAUUAUAAAAUGUUUAAAAGCUUAGAAGCUAAAGCUGAUGAUUUAACUUAUUUUAAUGAUGAAUCACAUGUAGAUUUUGAUCAAAUGAAUAUGAGAACAUUAAGAAAUACAUUAUUAUCAUUAUUAAGUAAAGCUCAAUAUCCAAAUAUAUUAAAUGAAAUUUUAGAACAUUCCAAAUCCCCAUAUCCAUCCAACUGGUUAACUAGUUUAUCUGUUUCAGCUUAUUUCGAUAAAUAUUUUGAACUUUAUGAUAAAACUUAUCAAUUAUCAAAAGAUGAUGAAUUAUUGUUACAAGAAUGGUUGAAGACUGUAUCCAGAUCUGAUAGAAAAGAUAUAUAUGAAAUCCUUAAAAAAUUAGAAAAUGAAGUUUUGAAAGACAGUAAGAAUCCAAAUGAUAUUAGAGCAGUAUAUCUUCCAUUUACAAACAAUUUAAGAAGAUUCCAUGAUAUCUCAGGAAAAGGUUAUAAAUUAAUAGCUGAAGUUAUUACAAAAACUGAUAAAUUUAAUCCUAUGGUUGCAACACAAUUAUGUGAACCAUUCAAAUUAUGGAAUAAAUUAGAUACAAAAAGACAAGAAUUAAUGCUUAAAGAAAUGAAUACAAUGUUACAAGAACCAAAUAUAUCUAAUAACUUAAAGGAAUAUUUGUUAAGAUUAACAAAUAAAUUAUAA